AAUUUUGAACAUAUAUGUCUUUGCUUGCAAGAUGAUUGAUUUUCUGUAUAUUGGCUCUGGGAAUUGUAAUUUCUGAUUCUGGUGUGAGUCUCGUGCUACAAUUCCUAUGUUUACACGCACUUUCCAUUGGUGGUGCUCUGUAUACGAUUUCUUUUUGGUGGCUAGUUAGUUGUGAUUUAGUAAACUACUAGGGUUCUGUUCUGUCAGAGAUACUUAAAAAGAACCUUUGGGAUUGGUUGAAGAUGUGCUACUUCCAUUUAUUCAAAGUUGGUUCACACUCACAUUUUUGGAGCUUAUGCUCGGGCUAGCACGGUGUACAGAUCUUGUGCUUUGUGGUGUGUUUCUUUGAUCGUCCGGUAGGCAUUUUGUUUUGUUGGGUUUUGUUCUUGGAAGGCCUGUUUGGGGACAGAUAAACAAUCUGGUGUGAGAGAUUUCUAUCCUCGACUCUGAACCCCUCAAUUGGUUGUUGUCACUUAUUUUAGUUGAAUAGCUCCAAAACUCAAAAAUAAUCAUGCUGUUGUUUUCGGCUUUCAACUUCCAACAGCUUCGUUAACCACCCAAUCCAGAGUACUUGUAUUUCAGAUGUUUUGGGCCUCAAAUGUUUCCGAAACAUCCUCUGUUUUUUGGCUGUGAUGGUCUCGAAUGGAGCAAAGAUUGAUAUCUUGACUUGGGAUGGUACCCUUUCGUCGAGUGACUUCUGUGCUGCUGCACUUGCUUUCACUGAGAAAUGGAAGAGGUUUAACUCUACUACUCUCUCUCAGUGGUCAUGGGUCCCUUGUCUAAAAUGCCCCUGGAUUGCUGCCCAUGAAGCAGAAGGAUAUUUGUCGCUAGAGAAUGUGUUUCUUCCAAGGUCUGUCUGUAACUGUCUUGUACAGGAAGAGCAUGAUGAACAAAGCCAGACAGUACAUGACGAUCUGAGUUGCUCUGGUCAGGAUGAUGAUAUUGAUAAUGCAAUUUUGCAUUCAUGCAGGCUGGUCGUUUGGGUUGAUCAUGAAAACAUCUGCAGUUUUCCAUCAAGAGAUGAUGAUAACAAAGAUGGACAACCUUUAGUAUUGGAUGACAUUGAAAAGGAUCUCCCCGCAAACUCUGCAAAGGUGCUGAUGGAAUCAAAAUGGACAUUCAUAACUCAGGAGGAGCACCCCUACUUGAACAGGCCAUGGCACACACUACAUCCAUGUGGAACCAGUGAAUGGAUGAAACUGCUGUUUAUAACUGAUGCUUCACAGGCUAAAGGUGGAGUGGCAUUUGAGAAAUAUCUUGUAUCAUGGCUCUCAGUCGUUGGGCAGGUGGUUCGUCUUAGGAUUCCAUUUGAAAUGUUGAGUGAUUCUGGUCAGUUGUAGUUGAUGACUAUCCUUCGGACAUGAGUGUCAGUUAGUCGUAUUAAAAGAAGAUUGUAAAGCAAUUCUGUAACAGAACCAAAAGUCUAUUUCAUCCCUCUGCUCUGGCAUUUAACUUUGAGUGUUGGUCCUGGAGUACUUAAUCAAUUUUUAAUUUAUUUUUUUCACCAGCCCGCAGAGAUUGGGCUAUGCCUUCUGGAAGGACUAAUUUAGUUUGAUAUCUCAGCUCACAUUUGGAUUUGCUUUGGUAAUUGCUAAGCAGACAUUGCUGUGAUACUAAAUUUAUUGUUUUCCCCAACUA